AGAAGAGGAAGACGAAGAGAAGAGGUGGCUUUCACCAUCCGGGACCGAAUUAUCUUUCUUCAAAGACUUUGAGACCUUCAUCUGCUCUUCAUCCGGCAGCAUCAGCCCAGCAGCCAAUCAGGAGGCUCCUGUCAUCAUGUCCGCCUUGGCUCCGCUCAGCUGGACCCUCCUGGUCCUGGUCCUGGUCCAGACCUGCAGCUCGUCCUCGUCUUCUCUGCCGCUCUCUCUGGCUGUGCGUCCGGACGCCUCCUCCGGCUCCCACUGCCCCUCCUGCGCCCUGGCCAGGAUGAGGAGGAGCGAGGGGGCGCCGGCGGGCCCGGAGGAGGAGGAGGAGGAGGAGGAGGAGGCCCAGCAGGAGGUGGUGGAGGCCGUGAAGAGGCACAUCCUCAACAUGCUGCACCUCCAGACCCGGCCCAACGUCACGAGGCCCGUGCCGCGCGCCGCGCUCCUCAACGCCUUGCGCAAGCUCCACGUGGGCCGAGUGGCGGAGGACGGCAGCGUGCAGAUCGAGGGGGGGGAGGAGGAGGCGCGAGGGCGGGGGGGAGGAGGAGGAGGACGACGAGGAGGAGGAGGACGAGGAGGAGGAGGAGGAGGACGAGGAGGAGCAGCGGCACGGAUGGGAGAUACACAGGAGACCACGGAGAUCAUCACCUUCGCCGAGGCUGGUGAGUCCCCGGGCCUGGUGGACUUCGUCCUUUCCAGAGACCGGGGUGAGCUCUCUCUGGUGGAGCAGGCCAACGUGUGGCUCUUCCUCCGCCUGCCGAAGACGAACCGCAGCCGAGCCAAAGUCACCAUCCGGCUCUUCCAGCAGCGGCAGCUCCCCAACGGCCGGCCGUGUGCGGCGCAGGACGCCGUCCUCCUGGCGGAGAAGGCCGUGGACACGCGUCGCAGCGGCUGGCACACCUUCCCGGUGUCGGCGGCCAUGCAGGCGCUGCUGGAGGGUGCCGGGAGCGCCGCGCUGAGCCUCCGGGCCUCCUGCCCGCUCUGCGCCGCCGCUGGCGCCAGCCUCGUGCUGGUCUCCGGCGGCGCCAGCCAGCGGGAGCAGUCCCACCGGCCCUUCCUAAUGGCCGUGGUCCGGCAGGGGGACGGCGGCGGCGACUCGCCGCGGCGCAGGAAGCGCGGGCUGGAGUGCGACGGCAAGGUGCGCGUCUGCUGCAAGCGGCAGUUCUAUGUCAACUUCAAGGACAUCGGCUGGAACGACUGGAUCAUCGCGCCACCCGGUUACCACGCCAACUACUGCGAGGGGGAGUGCCCCUCCCACGUGACGAGCAUCACCGGCUCCUCGCUGUCCUUCCACUCCACCGUCAUCAGCCACUACCGCAUGCGGGGCUACAGCCCCUUCCAGAACCUGCGGUCCUGCUGCGUGCCCACCCGGCUACGAGCCAUGUCCAUGCUGUAUUACGACGAGGAGCAAAAGAUCAUCAAGAAGGACAUCGAAGACAUGGUGGUGGAGGAGUGCGGCUGCUCGUAGAGGAGCAGAAGGUCAUCCAGAAAGACAUCGAAGACAUGGUGGUGGAGGAGGAGUGACGUCCUGCUCCUUUGGACAGCAGAACUCUUUCAGAUAAAAAACUAGAAAAAGAAAAAGAUAGAAAAAAAGAAAAUCUAAUAUAUUUUUGCUACAAACGGAGCAACGUUUAUUUAUGUGGACGAGACGUUCAAGCACCACUCGACCCCGUUGGAUCUCGGAGAAACGUGGUGCCUGAAAAACUACUAACAAAAAAAUCUCAAAACUAUGCAACUUGUUUUACGUAUUACGAACUUAUUGUUCUUUACUUUGUUUUCUUUUGUUUUAUACUGUUUAUUCUUUUCAAAAUGUACAAGGGAGAAAGAAGACUGUGUGUGUGUGUGUGUGUGUGUGUGUGUGUGUGUGUGUGUGUGUUGAGAUACUUGAAAGAAACGAGUUGGCCGGCUGCUGGAACCAAACACUUUUUUAUGUUUCCAUGGUUACCGUGUUUAUGUUAUAAUU